AAGUACUAAAAAUGGUAGACUCCUAGACGUACCACAUGUGUAUGUUAUUAUUUGCCAUUCAAGGUUCAACUAAGAAGAAAAAACGUAACCUUUAAAAAAAUAUUUUAAGUAUAAUUUCUUUUUUAAUUAUAUUAAAAAUGCAGAGGUUAUACCGACUAAAGCAAUGUGCUCCUGCUUGUUAUUGCGCCCGGAAUGUGUUUCCUGUAUUUUUACCAACUUUGGGGGACAGACAAGGUAAUCGCUGUUCAUCUAUUCUACGCAAUUGUCCAGGACUCUGUAGAAAAGUGCCAACUUUUAAGAUCUUCUGCUUGGAAGACACGUGGACGUCAGUGGUCCGCUGUUACAGCACAACGCAAGCGGCAAUCGGCGACAGCGGAAAGCAGGGACGUCUUGGAAACUCUUACACAUCGAUUGAACCAGAAAAAGAAGAAGAAUUCGUCUUUCUAGACUACUCCAACCUAGAGGAAGAGAACGAUGAUGGGGUUUCUUUCAAACCCCCUUCGCAGAUGGGGUCUGUGGCCAAUAAAGAGAGAAACGCAUCGCGAAAGUCGUGUACAGAGGUGUAUCACAGAGCUUUGGAAAUACAGAUGCGGUUAUUAGAAGAUACAGUGUUAGACCAGGACCAGGACGUACAAGAAAUGGAUAUAGAAUUUCAUGACGCUGGCUUCCCCCUUCCUAAAUUAACUUCUAAAAGGAAAAAAUCUCAAAAAAUAUACGGCACUCCAGAUAAGGAGAUUCCUUUUAGUGACAACAGCUGUUCGGGAUGCGGUGCUCGUAUGCAUUGCACUGACCCGAUUUUGCCCGGUUAUGUACCCAGUGAGAAAUACAAACAGCUAAUAAAGGAGGACAAGAUGGACAGAGCGGUGUGUCAGCGAUGUUUCUUGCUUGUCCAUCACCAAAAGUCUUUAAAUAUUCAGGUUUCGAAAGAAGAAUAUCGGAAUGUUGUUAGUCGGAUACGCCAAGAAAAAGCUUUGGUAUUGUUCAUUGUGGACCUUCUGGAUAUUCCCGAUUCUAUCAUUCCAGAUCUGUUAGAACUAGUGGGCAAAAAUAAAACCAUAGUGGUUCUGGGAAAUAAAAUAGAUCUGCUACCUGGCGAUUCGGAUUGCUAUUUAAAACGAAUUAAACGUCAGCUUUUUGCAUAUUGCGUUGACGCAGGUAUUACUUUAGGCGAUGGCACCAAAGACGUCCAUCUCAUCAGCGCCAAGACCGGCUAUGGGAUAGAAAACCUAAUUUCGAGUCUUCAAAGAUCGUGGAAAUAUAAAGGAGAUGUGUAUUUGGUUGGAACAGCAAAUGCUGGAAAGUCUACACUGUUUAACACCCUGCUGGAGUCAGACUACUGCAAGUCGAAAGCUCCAGAUGUGAUUCAGAAAGCUACCAUAUCUCGAUGGCCAGGCACCACACUAAAUCUCCUGAAGUUCCCAAUCAUCAACCCCACUCCAUAUCGCAUGUUCAAGAGGUCUGAGAGACUGAAGAGUGAUGGCUCUCAGUCAGAGAAGGACCUGAGCCCACAGGAGUUAAGACGACUGCAGCAGCUCAGCAAGCAGGGAUAUUUAGUAGGGCGAGUUGGCAGAUCUUUUGGCUCGGCUGUCCAGGCGCAGAAAGAUAUGGAUGUUGUGGAUUUUGAUCUAGAAAGUCUCAGUGUGGGAGAGGAGGAAGAAGACAGAAUGAGUAAAAAAUCAGCUCUUUCCAACCCAGUGGAGUUCACCCACAACGAGCUCAAAGAUGCGCAUUGGCUGUAUGACACCCCGGGAAUUAUGAAAGAACACUGUGUUCUCAGUCAGCUCACAGAUGAAGAGUUGAAGAUGGUGGUACCAACUCAAGCCAUUUUGCCCAGGACGUUUGUGCUGAAGCCGGGAAUGGUGCUCUUUUUGGGCGCCCUGGUGCGCAUAGAUUUCCUUAAGGGCGAGAGAUCUUGUUGGCUCUCGAUUGUCGCCUCCAAUCUCCUGCCAGUUCACAUCACCAGUGGGGAGAAAGCAGAUGACAUUUACCAAAAGCAUGCUGGGAAUACACUUCUUGGGGUGCCUGCUGGUGGGGAAGAGCGCAUGAGACAGUUUCCAGCUCUUGUACCUCAAGACUUUGAGCUGCAGGGAGUGGGGCCUGAAGAGGCUAUAGCCGACAUCAAGCUCUCGUCUGUAGGCUGGGUGGCAGUGACGGCUCACGCCGAAGACAAGCUGCUGUUCCGGGUGCACAGUCCGGCGGGGGCGGGACUCGCACUGCGCAGGCCCCCGCUGCUGCCCCACAUCGUGCUCCUGAAAGGGAAGAGGAUCCGGAAAUCCCCCACCUACAAAGCCAAGAGACCUCCGACCCUGCUGGACACCUGCCUGUCUACAGCUAGAGCAGACAAAUCAAAGAAAUGAAAAAUACUGUGUCUUCACGUCAUUUCAUUCUGUAGCAGCAGCUUUCUCAGGAGAGGAACGGGCAUUCUUGUACAACAGUCAAGGGAGUUAAAUACAUUUAAUAGUUGUUUAA